AGGGCCAGCGGCCACCUACACUUGCUUCUGACACAACCGUGUUCACUAGCAACUGCACAAACAGACACCAUGGUGCAUCUGUCUGCUGAGGAGAAGGAGGCCGUCCUCGGCCUGUGGGGCAAAGUGAAUGUGGACGAAGUUGGUGGUGAGGCCCUGGGCAGGCUGCUGGUUGUCUACCCCUGGACUCAGAGGUUCUUCGAGUCCUUCGGGGACCUGUCCAGUGCCGAUGCCGUCAUCGGCAAUCCCAAGGUGAAGGCCCACGGCAAGAAGGUGCUCCAGUCCUUCAGUGACGGCCUGAAACAUCUCGACAACCUCAAGGGCACCUUUGCUAAGCUGAGUGAGCUGCAUUGCGACCAGCUGCACGUGGAUCCUGAGAACUUCAGGCUCCUGGGCAACGUGAUUGUGGUUGUUCUGGCUCGCCACUUUGGCAAAGACUUCAACCCGGACGUGCAGGCUGCUUUUCAGAAGGUGGUGGCUGGUGUGGCCAAUGCCCUGGCCCAUAAGUACCACUAAGUUCCCCUUCCUGAUUUCCAGGAGGAGCCCUUUUUCCUCUGAACCCAAAAACUGGAUAUGGAAAUAUUAUGAAGAGUUUUGAGCAUCUGGCCUCUGCGUAAUAAAAACAUUUAUUUUCAUUGCA